AUGAUUGGGCUGAAGCCUAAACCAUUUAACAAUUUGUAUAAAUGCAUCACGAAGUCUUUCCGCUUUCAUCGUCACUUAAGUCUCACACCAAAAAAACUGAAACGAUCAUCAAAUGACCAUGAGCAAAGUGAUGCCCCCUCUGCGAGAGCUGCCGAGCUAAGGCUUUCAAAAGUAACCAACAUUUUCAACAGAGAAAAAGUUUUCCAACGUACUAGUUUUAAAUUGAAGGAACUUUAUUCUAGCUGCUCAAAAAACCUUUUUGAAGAUCUACAAAAAUUUCCAGAGAUAAAAAGCCAUAUAGCGUCCAGUUUAUGCCGAGGAUUUGUACAGUCUAAGUCCAUGCGGGGCUUCUAUUUAAACCAGCUUUUCCAAUGCAUUAUCAGCAAAGACUAUCAUUCUUUCUGCAUAGGAGUAAAAGAGCUAGAGAGUUCUGGACUUUUGACCAUAUACGAAAGAAUUCUUGCUAUGGAAGUUGAAGCCUCAAUUUCAAAAGAUCAGGAAAAUGCCACAGGGAACCCAGAUUUGGAAAAUUUACAAUCAGGAAUCAGGUCAAAGUGUAUGGAUCUUUUGAUUCUAAUAACAGUAACAUCUGGAGAGCCAUUGGUGGGUGCACUGUUUCUACUUCUCACGAAAGAGUUACCAGUUGAAGUUAAAGCAGAAACGUCGGAAAGAUUGAUUUCCGCCCUUAGUGUAAAUGACGCUAUGAUGAGCAAUUACAAUUAUUUUGCAAUUUUUAGAAUAAUGCUUGCUUUUGAGCGAGAGUGUUCGCCUAGGGUUAUUCUCAAAGCGAUUCGAAAUAUGACAUUGAGUCAAACACCGUAUUUCGCGAAUCUAUUGCAUGAUAAAUUUCAAGAAAGAUAUAACCAAAACCCACUUCUUGCCCGAAGCUUGAUAGAAACAAGAAAACGUCUAAUAAUCGCGAACUUGAAGCACGGGAACUCUAACAGGGCAGCGGAGAUGUGGAAGUUGAACCAGAACUCGAAUCCUGAAUUUGCCCAGAAAAAUGUUAUAUUAUUCCAAUCUCUCAUUGAAAAGCUAAAUGAUGAGGAAUCUGCUGACUUAUUGUUCAAUUACUUUCCAAAAACACUAUACACAGAUCCUGAUAUCGUGGACUUUUUGAUUGCAUACUUUGGUCAAAGUCCGAAAUAUCGUACCAACUUUGAGUAUAUUACUAAAAGCUUGAAACCUCCCUUAAAGAGAAACACGCUCUCGCUGUUAUUUGCCUCUUUUAUUUCUCAAGACAGGGAAGAGGCAGCAGAAAAGAUUCUUCAGGUAAUAUUCAAAACAAAAAACGGUAUUAACUCGGAAGACUUUCAGGUUAUCAUAAAAAAACUCCUUGCAAAACAUCAAAUAAGACAAUGUGUUGAUAUGUGUCUUCGGAACGAUUUUCGAGUGUCCUUUAAAGGUUCCAUGAAUGUUUUGGAGUAUUUAUUGGCGCAUAGAAAACUUCCGAAAACACAUGCAGAUUACGAUUCAUAUGAAAAUCUUAAGGAAUUAUUCUUGGAGAAACUAAUUCGAGAUCUUUAUAAAAGGACGAACGGUAGGGAUAUUCAUAGCCUAUUCACCACCACACUUUUCAAACAUUUUUCUACAAACAUUAACAACAGGGCUACCCGAAAACUAUACCUGAGUUUGAGCUAUAUCAUCAGUAAGACGACCAGUGGAAAUGUGAAUGUUGAAUCCUAUGACAUACCUGCAGAAUUCGGCAAGUUUCUUUUAAUUGAUUCAGGAAACAGAGUCCAAUGUCUUGAAAUCAUUCUUAGACAAGCCAAAAACGAAAAGGACCAACUCAUCAUAAAUUGGUGUGCUUCAGAAUUGCAGAUUGCUGGGAUACCGCUGAGAGACAUCGAAAAGUACUAUUGUUAAACUAUUCAUAUAACAAAUGUAGUAUAUCACAAUAGAAAGGCGAUAGUAAAAG